AUGACCCUCCUCCAAACCUACCAAGGCCUUUCCCCCAGAGCCAGACUAGGCGUCGGCUUCGGCCUCCUCGCCUGGGGCCUCAUCGGUCUCAAGCUCUCAGACAAGGCAGAGGAAAAGCUGGGCUACACCCCCACCGAGCAGGACAAGGCCGAGCUCGACAAGAUGAUUCCAAAGAUUCACUCUGUACCGAGGGAAAAGCCUUCCUCAUCAACAUCACCAACGCAAUGA